GGCCCGGCAGGGAGGGGGUUAAGUGCCUGGCUGCUGCGGAGGCUGCCACUCGGCUCCGCGGCUCGCUUGGAGUCGGAGCCGCUCUAGCGGGAAGAUGGCGACGGAGGGAGGGAGCGGGCAGCCCGGCUCCGGCGGCCAGGAGGAACCGGCGGGAACGAAAAGAGAGUUUGAUGUGGAUAAUCUGAGCAAGCCAGAACUGCGGAUGCUCCUUAGUGUAAUGGAAGGGGAACUGGAAGCACGGGAUCUUGUAAUUGAAGCCUUGAGGGCACGCCGGAAGGAGGUUUUUAUCCAGGAACGGUAUGGGAGGUUUAAUCUUAGUGACCCAUUUCUGGCUCUGCAGAGAGACUAUGAGGCAGGUGCUGGUAGUAAAGAAAAGAAGUCCAUCUGUACCAACCCCCUCUCCAUUUUAGAAGCUGUCAUGUCUCACUGCAGAAAAAUGCAAGAGAGAAUGUCCGCUCAGUUGGCUGCUGCUGAAAACAGACAAAAGAAGUUGGAAAUGGAAAAGUCUCAGUUACAGAUGCUUGAGCUGGAGCAUAAGAAGUUGUCUGCUCGCCUUGAAGAAGAACGUGGCAAGAAUAAACAUGUAGUAUUGAUGUUAGUGAAAGAAUGUAAACAUUUGUCUGGCAAAAUUAUAGAGGAAGCCCAGAAACUGGAAGAAAUAAUGUCAAAAUUUGAAGAAGAAAAAAAAAAGGCUAAUGAAUUGGAGGAAUCUCUUGCAGCUGAGAAACAAAGGAGUACACAAAUGGAAGCUCAAAUGGAAAAACAGCUCUCUGAGUUUGACACAGAAAGGGAGCAACUGCGUGCCAAACUUAACAGAGAGGAAGCACAUACUAGUGACCUCAAAGAAGAGAGAGAUAAAAUGAGAAAAAUGAUUGAGCAGUUAAAAAAGGAAAAUGACAUUAAACCAGACCUUUCUCUCACUUGUAGAAAUAAAGAUAAGGGUUUUGUUUCAGUAUCUGUUGGAACAGAAGUCCCAGCUUCAAGAACUAUUGCCUGUCAGACAGAUACAAUGCCGACGGACAUUAGCACUGAAAAUGUUAGGAAGUUGCCUUUGACUGUGCCUGUAAAACCUUCAGCAGUGAACUCUCUGGUUUCUGGCAGCACAAAAACGAAUGUAUCCGCCAAUGCAGCAUUUGUGAAACCAGUCAUUGAUAGGCACUCUUCCUGUAGUGAACUGAUUGUCCCAUCCACAGCUCCUAUUCUGACUCCAAGUCAAAACAGAAUUGAGGAAAAUGGACCAAGUACUGGCUCAUCACCAGAUUUUACAAAUAGCACUUCCCCCUUUCCAAGCAAUGCUGCCCUCUCCGUUUUUCCAGCAUCAAGUAUUGCAUCUCAGAACCACUCACUAGCUUCGUCUAUGCACAGUUUACAGUCACAUUCUGCCAACACUACUGUGCAUCCAGGCCUAAAUCCUCGAGUCCAAGCAGCUAGAUUUAGAUUUCAAGCUAAUGCUAAUGAUCAAGACCAAAAUGGAAACACUACCCAAAGCCCUCCAUCAAGGGAUGUCUCUCCCACUAGUCGUGACAACCUAGUUGCCAAACAGCUAGCUCGGAAUACUGUCACCCAAGUCCUUUCAAGAUUUACAAGUCCUCAAGGUGGUGCUACUUUGCGGCCUGGAAUGUCACAUUCAGUGGAAGUUGGCACCUAUCCCCCAGUUGGUAGAAUGGGUUUAAAGACUCCCAAUGUAUCAAGAAUUGACAGAGGAAAUCCUCCACCUAUUCCUCCAAAAAAGCCAGGGCUUUCGCAAACUCCUUCUCCACCACACCCACAGCUUAAAGUUAUUAUGGAUAGUAGUCGAUCCUCUAACAUAGGUGUAAAAUUUGACAGCAAAACCAUGAUUUCACCUCCUUCCAGUUCACCACAAGGAAUCAGGGUAAUAAAUGAGGAAAUUAUUUCUAAGUCCUCACCUCAGCUGCCACCAAAACCUACUAUAGAUAUAUCUAUGGCAUCUGCAGGCUGUGCCAUACCAGCCAUGGCCACAUCUCAGGUGGGUGCCUGGCCUUCCCAAUCCCCUGGACUGAACCAACCUGCAUGUUCAGAAAGUUCCUUUGUCAUUCCCACCACCAUUGCCUGUAGCUCCUUCAUAAACCCUAUUAGUGCUUCAUCCUGUAGACCAUGUGAUUCAGACAGCCUACUGGCAACAGCAUCAGGCUGGUCUCCCUCCCUAACCCCUUUGUUAACGAGUGGUGGUCCUGUCCCCCUGGGUGGCAGGCCCACCCUUCUUCACCAAACUGCUGCCCAGGGAAAUGUCACUUUAUUGUCAAUGCUGCUUAAUGAAGAAGGAUUGGACAUUAAUUAUUUCUGUGAAGAUGGUUAUUCUGCCUUGUAUUCUGCUGCUAUGAAUGGACAUACAGAUUGUGUGAGAUUGCUGCUGACUGCAGAAGCACAAGUUGAUGCUGCUGAUAAAAAUGGUUUUACACCCUUGUGUUCAGCAGUUGCUCAGGGACAUUUCAGGUGUGCAGAAUUAUUAAUUAUGUAUCAGGCUGACAUUAACCAUGCUGCUGAAAGAGGACAGACGCCUUUGUACCUAGCCUGUGGAAAUGGAAAUAAUGAAUGUAUCAAACUUUUGCUGGAAGCUGGAGCAGAUCGAAGUGUAAAAAACAGUGAUGGCUGGACACCAAUUCAUGCAGCUGUGGAUUCUGGUAAUGUUGACAGCCUCAAGCUCCUUAUGUACUAUGGAGAAACAGACAAUGGAAACUUUAUGAAUGAUGCACAGCCUAAUUCAGGCUUCUUUGACUUGGAAUGCAGAGAAGACAGCUAUCCCAGUAAAGCAAGGCCUGUUGUUUCUGCAGAUCUUAUCAACCAUGCUGACAAAGAGGGUUGGACUGCUGCCCAUAUAGCAGCAUCAAAAGGCUUUAAGAACUGCCUAGAAAUCUUGUGUAGCCAUGGUGGACUAGAGGCUGAAAGGAAAGAUAAGUGUGAUCGAACGCUGCAUGAUGUUGCCACUGAUGACUGCAAACAUCUCCUGGAGAACUUGAAUGCUCUUAGAGUACCUUUAAGGAUUUCAGUCAGUGAAAUAGAACUAGCCUACUGUGGUACAGAGGAUUGUGACACAGAAAACACAAUAUGUUCUUUAAAUAUCCGCAAACAGACAUCAUGGGAUGAUUUUUCAAAAGCAGUGAGUCAGGCGGUGACAAACCAUUUCCAAGCAAUCACCUCUGAUGGAUGGAGGAGUCUAGAAGACCUGACAUUUAAUAAUGCUGCAGAAUCCAACAUUGGCCUCAGUGCAAGCAGUAUAUUAUCCAUCAAAAUAGGAAAUGUUCCAUGGUCAACGGGUCAGAUUUUUCCACAGGCACCGUGGGAUUUUUUGAAGAGGAAUAAAACAGAACACAUAACAGUGUUUUUAUUCGGUCCUCAAGAAGGCUGCUUAAACAGUGUGACUUACGCAUCUAUGAUCCACCUUCAGAUACUACAGAACUACCUCCGGCUGGUUGAACAAUACCAUAAUGUCAUCUUUCAUGGUCCAGAAGGAAGUUUGCAAGACUACAUAGCACAUCAGAUAGCACUCUGUAUGAAGAAAAAGCAAAUGGCUGCUGGAUUCACCUGUGAAAUUGUUAAAGUUGACGUGGAUGCUGAUUUCUCCAAGGAGCAGCUUGCAGAAUUAUUCAUCAAUAAUGCUUGUCUGGUCCCAGUGAAACAGCUUUCUGUGAGCAAGAAAACCAUUGUGAUUUUAGAGAAUCUGGAAAAAGCUUCAUUAUUUGAUUUACUGGGAGACUUUCUGACACCUCUUGAGAAUCGUGGUUCUGAAAAUCCUUGCACUUUUCAAAAAGCAAAUGGUGUGCCUGAUGCAUAUUACUUUCAUGAGAACUGCUUUCUAAUGGGGACAAUUGCAAAGUCUCGUCUCCAAGGCUCUGACUUGUUGGUUCAGCAACAUUUCCGCUGGGUUCAACUAAGGUGGGAUGGGGAACCAAUCCAUGGCUUGCUUCAAAGGUUUUUAAGAAGGAAAGUUAUAAAUAAGUUCAGAGGUAAAGUGCCCCCUCCAUGGGAUCCAGUGUGCAAGAUCAUAGACUGGAUUCUUGCCGUUUGGCACCAGCUGAACUCCUGCUUAUCCCGUUUAGGUGCACCUGAAGCACUCAUAGGGCCAAAACAUUUCUUCUCUUGUCCGGUGGAGCCUGGGCAUGGCCAAAUCACAGUGAAGUGGCUGUCCAAAUUAUGGAACACUGUCAUUGCUCCCAGAGUUCAAGAAGCAAUACUCUCCAGAGCCUCUGUGAAGAGACCGUCUGCACUGGGACAAACAGCAGCCAAAAAAAAUCCUAGUCAAGGCCAACAGGCUGUGGUGAAAGCAGCUCUCAGUAUCUUGCUAAACAAAGCUGUUCUGCAUGGCUGUCCUCUUCCACGAACAGAUCUGGAUAGAUAUAUAGCAGACUUUAAAGGAGGAAAUUUCCCCUUAGCCAUGGUUUCAAGCUAUAAAAAUUGUAAUAAGAAAAGAGGAGAGAAUGCUUCCUGGAGAAAGGUGAGCACAAGUCCUCGUAAGAAGUCAGGCCAUUCAUCUUCCCAAUCAUGGAAUAAGCAGGAGGCAAAUACAGAAGGUAUAAAAAGAAAGAAUGUGUUGCAACAAAAUUGCAACAAAAUGGCUUCUCUUAUCAAAAACUCUUCAGAGAAUGAGCAGCUAAAAGUGUUAAAUCUGGAGCAAAGGUUGUCCCUUGGUUCUGAUGAUGAAGUAGAUCUUGUGCAGGAACUUCAAAGUAUGUGUUCCAGCAAAUCAGAGUCUGAUAUAAGCAAGAUUGCUGAUUCUAAGGAUGAGCUGGUUAUGUUCAGAAGCUCUCAAAUUGAUCCAAUAUUUUCAGCAAGCAGUACUAAUCCAAGUAAAUCGGUGUCACAAAAGGAUGGGAUCCGUCCUCUCAGCAGCAAUCGCACUGUGGAAUGCACCAACAGUAAAUCAAAGACUGAGUUGGGUGUUUCAAGAGUUAAAUCUUUUCUUCCUGUUCCCAGAAGUAAAGUCACCCAGCCUUCUCAGUACGCAAAAAGCAGCAGCAGUAAUACAAGGCAAAUAGAGGCAGAUGAUGAUAACUCAAAAGAAAAGAUUUGGAAUUUGCACAAAAAAAUACAAAUAGAAAAAUCUAAUAAAUAGAUCUGCCUAGCAUACAGUUUUCAGUGUUCACGUAAUCUCUGUAUUAAAGAACAAAGAACUCAAAUAUGUAAAUAAUUUUUUAAAAUUAAAAUGGUUUCCUUGUAAUGUAAUGUGUGUACGGGACCACAGUUUAAUUUCUAUGUAAAUAAGAUGUUCAUAAUGAAAAUAUUUUAUUGCUUUAA